AGCUACUGCAACUCAAACUUUCUGUACGAACGCAGAUCCUUUUUCUCUAUCCAUCUGCUCGCUGAAGAAGCAAAUUAUCUCGGUUUAGAAGAUUGACGGUUUCACACUGUUGUACGGAACUUGUUACUUUGUAACAGAGGAACCUUGGAAGAAGCAGCAACUUUUGUUGCAAAUUAUUGACACAGUUUUACAUUUGCAAAACAAAGGACCAUGACUCAAUUCAACAAGGGACCAGUGUACGGGUUGACUGCAGAAUUGAGAAGCAAGAUCGCAGGGAAGUAUGACCUGCAGAAGGAGGAGGAGCUCCGGUUUUGGAUUGAGGAGGUGACGGGCAUGCCCAUUGGAGAGAACUUCCAGAAGGGCCUUAAGGACGGAGUCAUCCUCUGCGAGCUGAUAAACAAACUGCAGCCUGGUUCCAUCAAGAAAAUCAACCACUCCAAACUCAACUGGCACAAGCUGGAAAAUCUGGGGAAUUUCAUCCGAGCCAUUCUGAAGUUUGGCCUUUGUCCCAACGACAUCUUUGAGGCCAAUGACCUGUUUGAGAAUGGGAACAUGACCCAGGUCCAGAGCACACUGCUGUCCCUGGCUGGUGUGGCGAAAACCAAAGGUUCAAACUCCAACUGUGACCUCGGUGUGAAGUAUGCGGACAAGAGGACGCGCCAUUUCGACGAGGAGAAAAUGAAGGCUGGACAAUGUGUCAUUGGACUGCAGAUGGGGACAAAUAAAUGUGCCAGCCAGUCUGGUAUGACAGCGUACGGGACCCGGAGACACUUAUAUGACCCAAAGUCACAGACGGACAAGCCCUAUGACCAGACUACCAUCAGUCUGCAGAUGGGAACCAACAAAGGAGCCAGCCAGGCUGGCAUGUCGGCGCCGGGUACCCGCCGUGACAUCUACGACCAGAAGUCGGCAGGACAGACAGCAGACAGCUCCACCAUCUCCCUGCAGAUGGGCACCAACAAGGUGGCAUCCCAGAAGGGAAUGAGCAGCUACGGCCUGGGCAGGCAGAUCUACGACCCCAAGUACUGCACCUCCCCCACGGAGCCCACCUCUCCCGUUACCCUCGGCAACAAUGCCGGUUGCCAUGGCAACGGGAGCCUAGGAACGGGUACCAAUGGCUCGGAGAUUAGUGACAGCGACUACCAGGCGGAGUACCAGUAUCACCAUGACGACGAAGAGGAGUACCGGGGUGGGUACCAACAGCAGUACAGCGGGCACUAUGACGAGGACCAGGGCAUCGACUAUUAGACUGACUGUGUGUCAAAUGGCACCCUAUUCCCCUCUACAGGGUGUCAUUUUAUAUUUUCCCGUUAGACUCUGUGGGCCCCAUUUUGGCAGCUAAAAAAAUGUGCGCUUGUUUUGACAACAGCGCUUUUUUUUUGCGUUGUCAAAAAGUCACCCUGUGUAGUAGUAGUCCCAGUUGGCAUAAGUGUAACACAGUGUGUCUGGGAAUAUGUGACGUUAUAGUGGCCUUCUACCGGAAUUGGAGUGGAGAAACAUGUCCAAGUACCUUUAUGGAUCAUAUGAACCAUACGCCUAUAUAUUUAGUUUGAUACAGUUUUGUGGGACCACUUAUGAUGACAUUUUUUAAACUGAUGCAAAUUGUGUUACUCUGGUAUUACUGUAAUAUAAAGAGUGUUGAGAGAGAGUGAUUUUGUUAUCAACAGAGCAAUAAUUUUACUAUCCUUGCUAGCUUUUUUAAAAACAUGCUUUUUGCCCUAUACAGUUGAAAUCAGAAGUUUACAUACACUUUGGUUGGAGUCAUUAAAACUUGUUUUUCAACCACUCCACAAAUUUCUUAUUAACAAACUAUAGUUUUGGCAAGUCGUUUAGGACAUCUACUUUGUGCAUGACGCAAGUCAUUUUUCCAACAAUUGUUUACAGACAGAUUAUUUUACUUAGAAUUCACUGUAUCAAAAUUCCAGUGGGUCAGAAGUUUACAUACACUAAGUUGACUGUGCCUUUAAACAGCUUGGAAUAAUUCCAGAUAAUUAUGUCAUGGCUUUAGAAGCUUCUGAUAGGCUAAUUGACAUCAUUUGAGUCAAUUGGAGGUGUACUUGUGGAUGUAUUUCAAGGCCUACCUUCAAACUCAGUGGCUCUUUACUUGACAUCAUGGGAAAAUCAAAAUAAAUCAGCCAAGAUCUCAGAAAAAUACUGUAGACCUCCACAAGUCUGGUUCAUCCUUGGGAGCAAUUUCCAAAUGCCUGAAGUUACCACGUUCAUCUGUACAAACAAUAGUAUGCAAAUAUAAACACCAUGUGACCAUACAGCUGUCAUACCGCUCAGGAAGGAGACGUGUUCUAUCUCCUAGAGAUGAACGUACUUUGGUGCGAAAAGUGCAAAUCAAUUCCAGAACAACAGCAAAGGACCUUGUAAAGAUGCUGGAGGAAACAGGUACAAAAGUAUCUGUAUCCAAAGUAAAACAAGUUCUAUAUCGACAUAACCUGAAAGGCCGCUCAGCAAGGAAGAUGCCACUGCUCCAAAACCGCCAUAAAAAAAGACAGACUACAGUUUGCAACUGCACAUGGGGACAAAGAUCAUACUUUUUGGAGAAAUGUCCUCUGGUCUGAUGAAACAUAAAUAGGACUGUUUGGCCAUAAUGACCAUCAUUAUGUUUGGAGGAUAAAGGGGAGGCUUGCAUGCCGAAAAACACCAUUCCAACCGUGAAGCAUGGGGGUGGCAGCAUCAUGUUGUGGGGGUGCUUUGCUGUAGGAGGGACUGGUGCACUUCAGAAAAUAGAUGGCAUCAUGUGGAAGGAAAAUGAUGUGGAUAUAUUGAAGCAACAUCUCAAGACAUCAGAAGUUGAAGCUUGGUCGCAAAUGGGUCUUCCAAAUGGACAAUGACCCGAAGUAUACUUCCAAAGUUGUGGCAAAAUGGCUUAACCUCUUGCUCCUACCUGACAUGCAGGCGUCCUAUCUAGACAUCUGGAAAUGCAAAUGCGCUACGCUAAAUGCUAAUAGCACUCGUUAAAACUCAAACGUUCAUUAAAAUACACAUGCAGGGUACUGAAUUAAAGCUACACUUGUUGUGAAUCCAGGCAACGAGUCAGAUUUUUAAAAUGCUUUUCGGCGAAAGCAUGAGAAGCUAUUAUCUGAUAGCAUGUAACACCCCAAAAGACCCGCAGGGGACGUAAACAAAAUAAUUAGCAUAGUCGGCGCUACACAAAACGCACAAAUAAAAUAUAAAACAUUCAUUACCUUUGACCAUCUUCUUUGUUGGCACUCCUAGAUGUCCCAUAAACAUCACUAUUGGGUCUUUUUUUUCCGAUUAAAUCGGUCCAUAUAUAGCCUAGAUAUCGAUCUAUGAAGACUGUGUGAUCAACGAAAAAAAUAGCGUUUUAUAACGUAAUGUCAUUUUUUUAAAUUAAAAAAGUUGACGAUAAACUUUCACAAAACACUUUCGAAAUACUUUUGUAAUGCAACUUUAGGUAUUAGUAAACGUUAAUAAGCGAUCAAAUUGAUCAUGAGGCGAUGUAUAUUCUAUAGCUGUACGUCUGGAAAUAAUUUUGGGUAAAUCGCAACCAAAAUAUCCGGUCGGAGACCGGAAGAACUGCGCUGCCUUGUGUCUGUUUGACCAAGAAACAAAUCGUAGGCAAAUGACAAGACUGUUGACAUCGUGUGGAAGCUGUAGGUAUUGCAACCUCGGCCCCAUUUAAUGUGGAUCACGUUUAACAAUGGGUUGAAUUGGCGCAUGGAUAUAUUUUCCCAUUUUCAGUGAUCAGAUUUUCCUGCACUUUUCGAUGAAACGCACGUUCUGUUAUAGUCACAGCCGUGAUUUAACCAGUUUUAUAAACAUCUGAGUGUUUUCUAUCCACACAUACUAAUCAUAUGCAUAUACUAUAUUCCUGGCAUGAGUAGCAGGGCGCUGAAAUGUUGCGCGAUUUUUAACAGAAUGUUCGAAAAAGUAGGGGGUAGGAGUAACAGGUUAAGGACAACAAAGUCAAAAUAUUGGAGUGGCCAUCACAAAGCUUGACCACAAUCCUAUAGACAAUUUGUGGGCAGAACUGAAAAGGCGUGUGCGAGCAAGGAGGCCUACAAUCCUGACUCGGUUACACCAGCUCUGUCAGGAGGAAUGGACCAUGAUUAUUGUGGGAAGCUUGUGGAAGGCUACCCAAAAUGUUUGACCCAAGUUAAACAAUUAAAGGCAAUGCUACCAAAUACGAAUUGAGUAUAUGUAAACUUCUGAGCCACUGGGAAUGUGAUGAAAGAAAGAAAAGCUUAAAUAAAUCAUUCUCUGCUUUUAUUCUGACAUUUCACAUUCUUAAAAUAAAGUGGUGAUCCUAACUGACCUAAGACAGGGAAUUUUUCCUAGGAUUAAAUGUCAGGAAUUGUGAAAACUGAGUUUAAAUGUAUUUGGCUAAGGUGUACGUAAACUUCCGACUUCAACUGUAAGUGAAAUGUUGCCUUAUCUUUCUUGCAUUCCUUUUAAGUCCAUAUUUUUCAACCAAUCAGAAUAAUGUAAAGAAUGUGCCAUGUCCUUUUCUGUUUUAUGGGUUUUGAAGUUCUGAUUGCUCAGAAACUCAACUAGGAAGUUCUGUGAAAGAAGCAUUCGUCACAUCAUGUUUACCUACUUCCUUGCUCCUUGUUUUCAAUAUACUCUACUGUUUGUCCUCUAUUUCCUCUCCUUCAAAUCAGAACCACAAGUCUACUGCUCAGUGGUGAUUUUUGGUAAGAGACUUACACUGAGUGUACAAAACAUUAAGAACACCUGCUCUUUCCAUGACAGACUGACCAGGUGAAUCCAGGUGAAGCUAUGAUCCCUUAUUGAUGUCACUUGUUAAAUCCACUUCAAUCAGUGUAGAUGAAGGGGAGGAUAUCGGUUAAAGAAAGAUUUUUAAGCCUGGAGACAAUUGAGACAUGGGUUGUGUGUCAUUCAGAGGGUGAAUGGGCAGACAAAAGAUUUAAGUGUGAUAGGUGCCAAGCGCACCGCUUGUGUCAAGAACUGUCUCACUCAACAGUUUCCCGUGUGUAUCAAGAAUGUUUCCCGUGUGUAUCCACCACCCAAAGGACAUCCAUUCAACUUGACACUACCGUGGGAAGCAUUGGUGUCAACAUGGGCCAGCAUCCCUGUGGAACGCUUUCGACACCUUGUAGAGUCAAUGCCUCAACGAAUUGAGGCUGUUCUGAGGGCAAAGGGGGUGAAACUCAGUAUUAGGAAGAUGUUCCUAAUGUUUUGUACACUCAGUGUACAUUUUCUAUGUCCAUUCCGAUUAAUCAAGCAAUCAUAUUUUAGAGAAGGUUGGCAGGAGAAAAGAUAAAUGGUUCAAGUUAAGAUGUUUAUGACUGUCUGAUCCCAGUUUGACUUGAAAGCACUGGAAUAUUUUUGUAGUUCUGUUUGUAGUUUCUCUGCCUCUUUAACCUUUUACUGCAGUGGGCUAAAUCAGAGUCACAGUGUUUCUUGGUAGUCUUAAACAAAUUACUUUGAAGCAAAAGUAUACACCUCACACACAUGGUCCUGGGCUUAAAAAAAGAAGACACCUGUACCAUGUCAGAUAUAGAGUUGAAAUGUAUUCCAUUAUGAGUUUGAAUCCCAAAAUUACACUUUAUGUACAUCACAGAAGACUGAACUAUAACAGAACCAUUUCAGCGUUUGAAUAGUCAUGCUUAUUAAUGAUGAAAAAUAUGAAUAACAUUGGACCCAUAAGGCCACUAGAGGUGCUUUGGCCAUUCGACUGCAGGAAAGGCUUUUUAAUACUCUAAGAAGAGAAUCUCAAAUGUUAGUUUCUGUCACAUGACCAAACGUAUGGAUUUUUAAAUGUUGUUUUAUAUGCCGUUGAUUCCUUGUGCCAUAAUGCCCCCCUCCCUGUGUGUAGAGCCCCAUCCACUGAUGUGGUAUUUAUUGCCAUUUGUCCCUAUAUAGAUAUUUCUUCUAUUGUUUUGAUUCUUUUGUAUCAAUAAAUGUUUGUUUCAUAAAGUCUUA